AUGCGACUGUUUCGUCCGAGGUCUUCUGCGACUGCCGCCAUUGCUGCUGCUGCUACCGUUGUGGUAUUGCUUCUCAUCCCCGCAGAAACGCCGGUGUUGUGCGAUGCGGCAGCCGAGACAGUGCCAAUGACGCAGUGGACGUGCCCCCGAUGCCCCAUCUGCUCCGUGGGCGGCGUCCCGCUGAUGACGAAGCUGUUCUACUGUCUCCCAUCGUCCCUUCCCUCCGUGGUGGCGCGGCGAGAGUUGCCCUUCGACACAAAUAAAAAGCUGCGGCGAAGAGCGAUGGAGGAUGUGGAGGAGCUUCUUCUCACACACGUCGUUGGGCAGGAGCACGUGACGAGCGCUAUUGUGGAUGCCAUGCGGCGCAAACUUGCGAACCCGCGUGAGCCGCUUGUUCUCCACUUUGCGGGCGACAACGGCGUUGGCAAGACGUACACGGCGCGGCUGCUGUCUCUCGCCACGUCGCUGCGCUGCUCUGUGUCGCGGCCGCAGUGCGAUGCGGGCGACAACCUGUUGGUUGUGUCCGGCACCGGUUAUGACGGCCUGCCGGUCGCCGACGCGCGGAAAAGAAUUGUAACGCUCGUGACGGCGCACCAGCGGCUGUACCCGCACGGCAUCGUGCUGCUCGACGAUCUCUCGGCGAUGCACCCGAACCUCGUGGCGGCNGCGCACCAGCGGCUGUACCCGCACGGCAUCGUGCUGCUCGACGAUCUCUCGGCGAUGCACCCGAACCUCGUGGCGGCGCUCGCGCCGCUCUUUGGUCGAGCGGAGCGCUUCGCGGAGCAGCCGCAUGACGUGCCGUCGCUCACGCAGCUGACGGUUAUAGCCACGACGGACUUCGGCCGCCAGGGUCGCACGUGGGGGCGCAGCCUGGUGCAGGUGCAGCAGAUGGUGCGUGACGAGUUUGCCAGUCUGUACGGCACGCUGGUGCCCGCGUAUGCGCGGACGAUGGUGUUCGUCUCCUUCACGCGGCGGGCGGCGGAGCGGAUGGUGCACAAUGCUGUUGCGGCGCUGCCGUGCACAGCGCAGUUGGGCGGUGGGCAUGUGGUGGCGAGCAGCAUCGAGGACGUCGCGGUCGCCUUCCUCGUGGAGCGCCACCGCGAGAUGUGGGAGGGCAAGGAGAAUGGUCACGCGCUGCGACGCGCCGUGGAGGACACACUGGUGCCGCUGGUGCUGCGGUACUUCGACGCACAUGGGUAUGACCGGCUCAUGUGGGCCCGCUUCCACCUUGACAUGAGAGCCGCAGAGAUUGUCCUCCACACAGACGAGAGCGGCCCGCACGAUGAGGAAGAUGUGGCCGCGGUGAGUGCGGAGGUCCCCAGUAGCACGCCUCCUCCUCCUCCUCCUCCUCCUGCAGCCGCUGCUGAGGGAGAGGAAGACGCAGGCGGAAGCCGCGGUGGGAGCGCUGAGGACGGUAAAGGCCCACACACUCUUAACGAUGAUUUGUGA